UCAUUUUUGACAAACGCCAAAAUACUCCAAUGUGAGUUGAAAGGCGUGUGAAGUGUCCACCUGCACACGCCCCAUUCUUUUUUGACUGUCUUGCGCUGCUGUGAAUGUUAGGUUGUUGCGCUGGGAAAGGAAGCCGCCGCAGGGAUGCCGCUGGCCCGUAGUCUGUCAGUCACCUCGCUUUCGGGGCUUGAUGAAUGGGAUGAGGAGUUUGACCUUGAGGAUGCUGUGCUGUUUGAAAUAGCAUGGGAAGUGGCCAACAAAGUUGGGGGGAUUUACACUGUGAUCCAGACAAAAGCUCGUCUGACCUGUGAGGAAUGGGGGGAGAACUACUUCCUGGUGGGCCCCUACACGGAGUCCAACGUCAGAACUCAGGUUGAGCUCAUUGAGCCCAGUAACCCAGCUCUAAGGAGAACCAUAGACAAAAUGAACGCCAGUGGCUGUAAGGUAUAUUUUGGCCGUUGGCUGAUCGAGGGUAGUCCCUACGUGGUUCUGAUUGACGUGGGCUUCACAGCGUGGUCAUUGGACCGCUGGAAGAGCGAGCUGUGGGAGAACUGUGGCAUUGGUGUGCCGUGGUUCGACAGAGAGGCCAACGACGCUGUGCUCUUUGGUUUCCUGACAGCCUGGCUUCUUGGCGAGUAUGCAGCUCAAUGUGAGGAACCCCCACACAUAUUGGCACAUUUUCAUGAGUGGUUAGCCGGCUUGGGGUUGAUGCUAUGUCGACAGAGACAGUUACCCGUGGCAACCAUCUUCACCACUCAUGCCACAUUACUGGGACGAUACCUCUGCGCCGGAAAUGUGGACUUCUACAACAACCUUGCUGAGUUUAAUGUGGAUAAGGAGGCUGGAGAUAGGCAGAUCUAUCACCGCUACUGUUUGGAGCGGGCGGCUGCACGGUGCGCCCAUGUUUUCACCACCGUCUCCCAGAUCACGGCCAUCGAAGCCGAGUUUCUGCUGAAAAGGAAGCCAGACAUUAUCACUCCUAAUGGACUGAAUGUGAAGAAGUUCUCAGCCAUGCAUGAGUUUCAGAACCUCCAUGCCCAGAGCAAGAACCGCAUUCAGGAGUUCAUCAGAGGUCACUUCUAUGGGCACCUGGACUUUAACCUGGAUAAGUCUGUAUUCUUCUUCAUUGCUGGCCGCUAUGAGUUCUCUAACAAAGGGGCGGACAUCUUUCUAGAGGCUCUGGCCAGACUCAACUAUCUGCUGAGGGUAAACCACAGUGAUGUCACAGUUAUUGCCUUUUUCAUCAUGCCCGCAAGGACCAACAACUUUAACGUGGAGACACUCAAAGGCCAGGCAGUGCGGAAGCAGCUCUGGGAUACCGCGCAGAGUGUUAAAGAGCGCUUUGGGAAAAAACUCUAUGAGUCACUGCUAGUUGGUCAGUUGCCAGAUGUGAGUAAGAUGUUGGACAAGGAAGACUUCACCAUGAUGAAGCGCGCCAUCUUCGCCACACAGCGCCAGUGUCAGCCCCCUAUCUGCACCCACAACAUGCUGGAGGACAGCAAUGACCCGAUCCUGACCUGCAUUCGCCGCAUCGGCCUCUUUAACAGCUCCUCCGACAGAGUAAAGGUGAUCUUCCAUCCAGAGUUCCUGUCCUCCACGUCUCCACUGCUGCCCAUGGACUAUGAGGAGUUUGUGAGGGGCUGCCAUCUUGGGGUGUUUCCCUCUUACUACGAGCCUUGGGGGUACACACCAGCUGAAUGCACUGUAAUGGGAAUUCCGUCAAUCUCCACAAAUCUGUCCGGAUUCGGCUGUUUCAUGGAGGAACACAUAGCAGACCCUUCUGCCUACGGUAUCUACAUUCUCGACAGACGAUACCGUGGGGUGGAUGAGUCCUGUAACCAGCUUACCACGUUCCUGUACCAGUUCUGCCAGCAAAGCCGCCGACAGAGGAUCAUCCAGAGAAACCGAACAGAACGCCUCAGUGACCUGCUGGACUGGAGAUACCUCGGCAGGUACUACAUCGCUGCUCGUCACAUGGCUCUGGCUAAAGCCUUCCCAGAUACCUACGUCUACGAGGCUCAUGAUCCAACAUCUACAUCGGGCUUCAGGUACCCGCGUCCAGCCUCCGUGCCGCCCUCGCCUGCCCACUCACUCCACUCCUCUCCCCACCACAGUGAGGCUGAGGACAACGAAGAAGAGGAUGAGCGUUACGAUGAAGACCUGGAGGCUGAGAAAGACAAACUCAACAUCCGCCAGCCUUUCACCCUUCCCCACAAAUUGUAUGCAACCAAUAAUUCCACCUCUCAAAAGAAUUAACUUGCCGAUUCAUACAUAGACAAGACCAGUCACACAGCCAUUCGCCCAUUCACCUUACAUGUUCAUAAGCCACUGCAGAAAAGGCACACAUACAUACACAUGCUCAGAGCAUUUUACCAGCGAUCUCUCUCUCUCUCACACACACACACUCACUCACUCACUCACACACACACACACACACACACACACACUCCAGAAUAAGGCAAACAUGGGUAUUGUGCAAGUGAUAUCACAAAUGCCAGAGAAGAGGUCGAUGAUUGCAAGACCCAGUAUAGAACAUAACAAUAACUGAACAACUGAAACAUUUCAACUUCCAUUUAUUUCUAGAAAGCUAUGGUGAAAACUCAAUAAUAGCAAAGAACUGUAGCUACAACUAAACAGGAAAUUCUAACAAGGAUCUCUAGCUGCAGCUAACCAGAGGUGCUAACAUGGAACUCAGCUAACAGACAAAAAAACUAACCAACGUCUUCUGUGAUAGAAAGGCCAUGUUACACACAUAUCAAGUGACUGUAAAACAUACACAUACACAUACCCCGCCUCCACACACACACACGCACACACACAGUCACACACAAGACUACAAUGUCCAAAUCAAAACCCUUCCGACAAAGUCCCCUCAAAAGCAAAGUGUGUGUAUGUGUGUGUUAUAGCACACUGCAUUUGUUCUGUGAGGCCAGCAAUACUCAGUGCUUCAAGUGAGAUUGCUUUAUUUGCUAUAAUCUUUUGACAGGUUCUGAACCUCUACUGUGAUUUCAAACAGAUCAAUGCCUUGUUGAAUAUUUUCCUGGAAGUCUUGAGGAGGAUUUGCAUAUUCUUAGUGCAUGCAUAUAUACACACACCCGUUUUGAGUUUGUUAUGUGUGUUAAUGUGCACCCGAAGACAUAAAGAUGACAGAAAUAAAGUAUAUAUUAGCAUUAA